AUGUUUGAGCUAGUCACAUUUGAAGAUUAUGUAAGGAUCGAGCCGUUUCUGUUCAAUAAAGAUCUUGCGGAUGCUUGCAGGACGGAGAUAAAUAGAAAACUCGCGAAUAAGGUCUACCAGCGCGCGGGCUUAUGCAUCUGCAUGCACGAUAUUUUGAAGAUUGGGGAUUCCGCGAUCCUGCCUGGCGAAGGACUUUGCAGAACAUUCAUCAAGUUUCGCUUCAUCGUAUUCCGCCCUUUCAUCCGUGAAGUUCUCGUUGGAAAAGUCCGAAGUUGUUCCCGCGAAGGGUUGAGACUGACGAUUGGUUUCUUCGACGAUAUUUUCGUGCCUAAAGAAUUUAUUCCGGCGCCAAAUGAAUUUAUACAGAGCGAAGGGGCAAAGGGCAAAUGGAUUUGGACAUUUGUCGACGAAGAUGACCCAGAAGAGUCCGAAAGCCACGAAAUUGUAGAACGAGUUGAGGUUCGAUUCAGAGUAAAAGAAGAGAAAUUUGAAGAAUGUCUCCCAGAAACGGGAAGUGGCAACGCAGCUGUACCUAGAAUUCCGUAUAAAAUUGUCGCCACGAUUGAUGAGCAGGGUCUUGGCCCGCUUUCUUGGUGGAGCUAA